GUUCUGGACUUGGAUUGCAUUGCUGGGUUGAUCAGUGGCGAAUUUGUGUUGACGGGCGUGACUGCGAUUUGGUGGAAGCCGAUCUGAACAACACGCUGCUACUCUACACUGCUACACUCAGUAGUUAGUACUCUUAAAGUACGCUCUGCUAUGGACGAUGAUCCAAUCACGCUCUCUCUAGACACGCUCAAUGCUCUCAAAGAAUUCCAGUCUGAACAACAAGCUGAAAAAGAACGCUUUGCUGCACUAGAAGCCCGUGCCCAAGCUCGUUUCCAAGCUGCCAAGAAUGAGCAAGACACGCCAGAAGAAGCUGUACUCCCAAGCAUACAUGAUUUCAAGGAGGACUGGCAACUCUCACAAUUCUGGUAUUCACCCGAGACUGCAGAUGCACUGGCAGGUGAACUCCUGGCUGGCAUCGACAAGACUGCAUCUUCGCAGCCACGGGUAGGCGUCCUCUGUGCUCCGAGUGUCUACCCAGACCUCCUCAAGCGUAACGCACAAGACGCGUGGCUCUUUGAGUAUGACACCCGCUUUGAACUCUUGGCACACGACAAGUUUGUCAAGUACGACUACAAACAUCCCUUCCAACUCCCACCUGCACUCAAGGGCACAUUCGAUAGACUCAUCAUUGAUCCGCCCUUCUUGCAGGAUGACUGUGAGAUUAAGGCUGCCUCUACAGCGCGAUGGCUCGGAAAACCAGACUGCAGAUUCAUCGUAUGCUCAGGUGCCAAGAUGCGGGACCUCCUUCUUCGCCUAUACAAAGCAGAAGAAUCACAAUUCCAAGUGGCGCAUAGCGGCGGCAGGCUCUCGAAUGACUUUAUGUGUUUGCUCAACUACAAAAGCACUGAUCCACAGUUUGCCUCGCUUGCAUCCUUGGCAAAGGAAGAGUAUGCUCUGUUAAGCCAGACCGCUUGAGACGAACAAGCUUCUUCAUUGGAAGCCUUACAAAAGCCACACAUCUGUUUUUCAAGAGACUUCUAUUCAUCUACAUUCAAGACCACCAUUGACUGACGUCAACACUCACGCUUCCUUGCGUCAACGCAGGCGUGAGCUUGGGCUCCUGAAAAUGGAGAUGCGAACAAGACAAACUUACCAAUGGUUGUUGAGGUCUGAAUCACCUGAGCCUGUACGUCUGGCAAUCUAUGCAUGGUGGCUCCGUGUCUGAAGUAGAAUGUACUGCUGAACAAUAUCUCAUCUCAGCUUGAGACAAAUUGUAGGCUGACAUGCUCUACAUGACAAGAUCAAGAUGGACGGGAGCGUGGAAAUCCAAUACACCAGUCAGUUGUCUCA